CUAACUAUGAAAUUUACCCAUUUUAAAAUAUGCUAAAUAAUGUACGUGCGUUUUUUGUUCAGUGCGCAUUCUGAGGCUUAAAUUUCUUCACCGGUAUAAUCCACUCGUCGACUCUUCCCAUCGAUCUACAGUCAGGUGUGGCGAAAUACCAUACUGAUUUCAAGUAUUGAUUUGUUUGGGAGAGGCAAUCAUUAUAUUAAUAGCCUUGGUGGAAUGAGAAGAAAAUUCAAAUGUUAGGCUUUCCCAUCACGCUGGAGGGGUAUGCCUCCUCUUUUCCUCUUCCAGCCUUCUUAUUAGAACGCAUUGGCUUUGGGGCUAACGGUGUUCAGUCCUAUUCUUUAUCAUGCCCAAAACUAAUAAGAAAUCCUAUUUUAAAAUCUUCAAGUUACAACCUCUUCAAUUUGAGGUCCUAUGUUGGCCGUAAUUCAGGAAGCAGUCCAGAUACUGACAAUAAUGACAAUGAAGAUGACCAGGAUGCUUAUGAAGUCUCUGUUGAGCCUGAAAGUUGGGAUGACAGCAUUGAGAUAAAGAUAGAAAAGACAGGCAAUAAUAGCCGGAAAAUACAAUCAAAGGUAAACGUGGAGGCCAGCCUGGAAACUGUCUGGGACAUCUUGACAGAUUACGAGAGAUUGGCUGACUUUAUUCCUGGCCUUGCUGUCAGCCGCUUGCUUGAGAAGAGCGAUAAUUUUGCCCGUCUCUUUCAGAUUGGGCAGCAGAAUUUGGCAUUUGGACUCAAAUUCAAUGCCAAAGGUGUUAUUGAUUGUUAUGAGAAAGACCUUCAGACUCUUCCCAAUGGCCAGAAGCGUGAUAUUGAGUUCAAGAUGAUCGAGGGCGAUUUUCAACUGUUUGAAGGAAAAUGGUCUGUUGAACAGGGGGUGGAAUGCAAUAUGGAAAGUGAGCAAAGUGGUUCUAUCGUUGGCCAGGAUUUGCAAACAACGCUUUUGUAUGCCGUUGAUGUGGAACCCAAAUUGUGGUUGCCUGUAGGCCUAGUCGAAGGCAGACUUUGCAGGGAGAUAAGAACAAAUCUAUUGUGCAUACGAGUGGAAGCUGAGAAAGUAUUUCAUAAUGCACUUUCUGCUCACUAGUGGCUUACUAGUUGGCUUUGCUGAUUAUCCCGUACAGCUUGUUUCAUUCUAGUGCUGGUUGUCAUUCAACAAGAAAAGAGAAGUGAUGUUCAUAUUCAUCCUAUUUCAGAAAUCAGUUGCCAUGAGCUUGCCUCAAGACAUCAAAUUGUUCAUCAAUGACUCAGGCGUAAGUCUUCUUUUGGAUUCUUUUAAAACCUUACUGUUGAGAGAACGUUAUUUUCUGUUUCUAUCAAGAUGCGUCCCUUAGAACUUCAGGACAAUCUGGCUAUGAGAUCUUGAAAAGACCUAAAUGGAGUCUAAGUGAAGUUGUAUACUAUACACAAUAGCAGGUUUGCCUUAAGAAUUUCAUUUCUUGCUUGCUGCACGGCAGGCCCUACUCUACGCUCUUAAAUUCAUUGUUUAGCAAAUCAUACACUCGUUUUAUUCAAGAAGUGAAUGGUACCAUAGUUACCCUGAUUGCUGGAAAA